AUGAAUGAUCAUCUUGGGAAUCUUAAGAUUUGGUUGAACGGUGCAUUGACAUAUCAAGAAACUUGUUUGGAUGGUUUCGAGAAUGUUCUUGGCGAUACUGGUGAAAAGAUGAAGAGUUUGUUGAAGACGUCAAAAGAAAUGACCGCCAAUGGACUUGUGAUGGUGGGUGAGGUUACAUCCCUUGCCACUGGAGCUAACAUCAAGGCGGAUGUGGUGGUGGCUAAAGACGGAAGUGGCAAGUACAAGACAAUAACUGAAACCCUUAAAGAGGUACCAUUGAAGAGCAAUACAACCUUUGUGAUUUAUGUGAAGGAAGGAGUUUAUGAAGAGCAAGUGAUGGUGGACAAAAAAAUGACCUAUGUCAUGGUGAUUGGAGACGGCCCGACUAAGACCAAGAUCACAGGUAGCAAGAAUGUCGUUGAUGGGACAACCACAUUCAAAAGUGCUACCUUUGCGGCGGUCGGAUCCAACUUCAUCGAAAAAGACUUGUGGUUCGAUAACUCAACUGGGCCUGAGAAACACCAGGCUGUGGCACUCCGAGUUCAAUCUGACAUGUCAAUCUUCUACAAUUGUAGAAUGGACGACUAUCAAGAUACUCUCUACCCCCAUGCUCACCGUCAAUUCUACCGAGAUUGCACAAUCUCCGGUACCAUUGAUUGA